CCAGCCCGGACUCUCGCCUCCCGCAGACGGCUGGACCAGUAACAAGUGAGAGCCCGUCGCCUCCUGGGCUCCCCCCUAUAGCGAUGAACAUCUGCCCAGCAAGAAGGGGGGGAAUAUAACACCCCCGCCCCCCUUUCCCCGCUGGUCUCUUCCGUAGGAUCCUCGGCGCCCUGGGUUUUCUCCCACUUCGGACCCCAGCGGAGAUGGAGCAGCCGCCCCUCUUUUGAUGCAUCCCGGCUUGGGCUAUAUAGUCGUCGUUUUUUAAUUCUUCUUCUUCCUCUUCUUCUUCUUUUUUGGCUGGAUUUUCAUUUUUGGGCUCGCCUCCCCCAUGGAUGGUUCCCCCGCCGAGGGAUCCCCCCCGUCCCUCCUCCUUCCCCUUUGAGUUAGCCGCCUGAGAUUUUGGGGGGUGCGUUUCUUUCUUUCUUUCUUUUUUUUUGGAGGGGGCGGCUUCGGGACUGAAUGUAACUUUCGCGCCUCCGGAGCCCCGGGAACCGAAGGGAAGAGCCCCCUCCCUCCCACCCACCCCCACCCCCAGCGGAUUUGGCUUGCGGCUGGCCCUCCGGACCCCGAAAUCUCUCGGAGGCGUGGGGGGGCUGAAAUAUGGAGAAUAGCCUUGGAUGGGUCUGGUUACCAAAGCUGGCUUUUUUGCUCUACGGAGUCUCCCUGCAGCUCCAAGUCACCGGCACACAAGUUAAAGGAUUUACAACGCUACGGUUCCUCAUUGAGCCGUCGGAUGCUGUCACCAUGCGAGGAGGUAACAUUUUGCUGAACUGCACGGCAGAAUCGGAUCAAGGGCUUCCGGUCAUCAAAUGGAAGAAAGAUGGUGUCUUUUUAAACUUGGCCGUGGAUGAGAGAAGGCAGCAGUUUCCCAAUGGAUCUCUUUUGAUACAAAAUAUAGUCCACUCCAGACAUCAUAAACCUGAUGAGGGCCUUUAUCAGUGUGAAGCAUCUCUAGAAGGAACUGGAGCCAUCAUCAGUCGAACGGCCAAAGUCUCCGUUGCAGGACCUUUGCGGUUUUUAUCCCAGACAGACUCUGUCACAGCUUUUGCGGGAGACACUGUUUUGUUGAAGUGUGAAGUUGUCGGAGAACCCAUGCCCACGAUCCACUGGCAGAGGAACCAAGAGGACCUGGUCUUGACUCCUGGGGACACCCGCGUGGCAAUCCUGCCUUCUGGAUCUUUACAAAUUAGUAGAAUUCAUGCUGGGGACAGUGGGAUCUAUAGAUGCCUUGCAAAGAAUCCUGCCAGUGCCAGGACUGGAAACGAAGCAGAAGUCAGAGUUUUGGCAGAUCCCGGAUUGCACAGACAACAAUUUUUCCUGCAGAGACCAUCAAACGUGGUAGUUAUCGAAGGGAAGGAUGCCGUGCUAGAGUGUUGUGUUUCUGGCUAUCCAGUGCCAACAUUUACGUGGCUACGAGGAGACGAAAUAAUCCCUUUGAGAUCUAAAAAAUAUUCAUUGUUGGCUGGCAGUAACUUACUGAUUGCUAAUGCGACGGACGACGACUCUGGGACGUACACUUGCGUGGUCACCUACAAAGAGGAGAACAGUAGUGCUUCAGCAGAAUUAUCUGUGUUGGACAUGUCAGAUUCCUUCAUUCUGGUGGAGUGA